CCAUUUAUAUUACUUUCUAGCCACUAUUUACCCUAUAAACCCUCUUUUCUAGCUUUCCCUUGUAUGAGCAUGUCUCGAAGGACUUCAGCCAUGCCCGCGAACUCGUCUUCACACAGCGGUGUCUCAGCGUCUGCGGAUGGAGGUAUGCGAGGACUGGAUAAAUGACAUUGCUCAGCAGACUGACAGCGAGUUUAUUAGGCCAAGAAAAGCAAAAGAUGCUCUUGUCCUCAGAUACUGGUCACUUCAGUAUGGUUAGGGCACUGCAUCUAGCAGAUCUUGUCACCGAGCUUAAUGGGUUCUGCGGAGUAAUGUCUGUCUUUUCGUCCCUUCGCUACUGCCUCGGUGACCCCCAUGACUAUGGCGCUAUCUGGGCGGCUCUUGGAUUUAUGCCAUUCGGGCUCUUCUUCGAUUUCAUGGACGGCAGGAUCGCGAGGUGGAGGAAGAAGUCGUCUCUCAUGGGGCAAGAACUGGAUUCUCUCGCGGACCUGAUUUCCUUCGGCAUGGCUCCGGCCGCCGCUGCAUUUGCGCUUGGAAUUCGAACCCCGCUCGACCACCUAUUUCUCACGUUCUUCGUCCUCUGCGGCUUAACGCGCCUCGCCCGCUUUAAUGUCACCGCUGCUGUCCUCCCGAAAGACAAGACAGGCAAGUCGAAGUACUUCGAGGGCACGCCUAUCCCCACCACACUAAGCAUAGUUGCGGUUAUGGCCUACUGGGUGUCGCAAGAAUGGAUCUUGGAAGACAUUCCGCUUGGCGUUGCUGCGCAGGGCACCACGCUGGAGUUCCACCCGAUUGUUCUGCUCUUUGUUCUCCACGGGUGCCUCAUGGUCAGCAAGACCCUGCAUAUUCCGAAGCCAUGAAUAGCAUAAGCACAUGACGAGUUCCGUCCGCGAAACGCUUUCCUUAGAAAAGAGAUGUAUCAUGAGCCACGCCUAUAUACGGGAGGGAAGGAGGGCAACAAAAGGAUUACGAGGCAUUUCUUGGAGCUAGGUAAACGUGGCCGGCGACGAAUGGCAUGAUUUGCAGAUUCCUUUGGGAUAGGCGGUUACUCUUGCGUUGUGCAUGUGUAUUAUUAACCCGAAAAGCAUUAUUAUACCUAGGUACCGAUAAUGGCCUGUCUGGCUUCCAUUGGGUAUAUAGAUAUUGCUCUUCUGCUCAUCUCCACUUGAUCUUAU